AGACAUCGUGGUUUUGAGGUUAAGGUCGUCUGUCAAGUACUCAAGUGUGUCGUCGACCAAAGAUCUUUUUUGAUUCUUCGCUGUUAUGUUUAUUGUUUAUUUACAAAUAGCUUUGAAAAUACUACUUGUUAUAAUAUAAAAUAUAAUAGCUACAUUGAUAAUAUGUCACGACCUGAAUACCUGGCACCGCCAGAAAUAUUCUAUGGGGAAGAUGAAGCAAGGAAAUACACUCAAAACUCAAGAAUCAUUGAUAUUCAAGUUCAGAUGUGUGAACGAGCUAUAGAAUUGCUGGUUCUACCAGAAGAUACACCAUGUUACCUUCUAGAUAUAGGUUGUGGGUCUGGAUUGAGUGGAAGUGUACUUGAAGAUCAGGGCCAUCAUUGGGUUGGUUUAGAUAUAGCAACAGCAAUGUUGGACAUUGCACUUGAGAGGGAGGUUGAAGGGGAUCUGCUUUUAUCAGACAUGGGUCAUGGUUGUCCUUUUAGGGCAGGGGCCUUUGAUGGUGCUGUUAGUAUAUCUGCUCUUCAAUGGCUGUGCAAUGCUGAUAAAUCUUUCCACAGACCUGUCCAAAGGUUAUACAAAUUCUUCAGCUCACUAUAUGCUUGCUUAAGUCGAUCUGCUAGGGCUGUUUUGCAAUUUUAUCCUGAAAAUAGUGAGCAAAUGGAACUGGUUACUGCCCAAGCUAUGAAAGCUGGGUUUUAUGGUGGUGUUGUAGUUGAUUACCCUAACAGUACCAAGGCAAAAAAGUUUUUUCUGGUGCUGAUGACUGGUGGGAGUGUGCCGUUACCAAAGGCUCUCGGCACUGGUGAAGAUUCACAAGGCGUAUCUUAUACAACAAAAAGGGAAAGGCUGAAACAGCAACGUGGAAAACCUCUUAAAGGUGGAAGAAAUUGGAUUCUAGAGAAAAAAGAACGCAGAAGACGACAAGGCAAAAACGUUAGAGAUGACUCCAAAUAUACGGGGCGAAAACGAAGUGGAAAAUUUUAG